UAUAAAUAAUAAUUAAUCGAUGUUUUAUAGUAAAAAUCAUAUAAUCCGUACCAAAAACGUCUCAGAGCUGUAACUUAGAAUUAAUAGCAAUUUCAUUUGUGAAAUGAAAAGAUCAUUUCAUUCAUAAUAAUUGUUCGCAUGCCAUGAUAUUUUAACGGUUCACGUUGAAUUAUUUUUCUGAACAUAAUUUUUAUUCUUGAUUUUUUUGAUCGCUAUUUUUUAAUUGUGUACAGAAGUAGAUAUUUGUACUUUAUUGUCUUACAAUUUGUCGAUACUAUGCCUUCCAAUUGUAAUGAAUCCAUACGGUCCUGUGCAUUAUAUAAACCUCCCCAUUUGCGAAAAGAACUUGUAGAAACUGUGUAUUCACUGAACAAUAAUACUUCUUCACUGAACAAUAAUGUUUCCAAUUGUGUGAAUAAUAAUUCAAAGGUGAACAAUAAUGAUAUAUCGAAUUCUGAAAAUAAAGAAUCAGUUACCAAGUUAUAUAUACCACCUGCUAAACGCAAUUUGAACAAUGCGGGCCAAUAUAAGUAUUUUGAUUGUAAAUUCAAGGGGACUCGCUCAGAAUAUUCAAAAAAACUUAAAGAAUCAACCACUGUAUAUGUUGGACAUUUAAAUUUACUCUCAACUGAAGAAGAUAUCCAUAAGCUAUUUUCAGAGGCAGGAAAAAUAAAAACCAUUAUCAUGGGAUUAGAUAGAAAUACAUUAGGUCCUGGUGGAUUUUGCUUCAUUGAAUAUGAAACAAGAAUAGAAACUGAAAAUUGCAUGAAGAUUAUGAAUGGAACGUUAUUAGAUGGAAAACGACUGUUAAUCGAUUGGGAUGCUGGAUUUAUUGAAGGACGUCAAUAUAGACGCGUUAAAAGAAAUCAACAAAAAACCUCUGUGUUUUCGACCACUCAAAAAUAAAUAAUAUAAAUUCACACUUAAAUUAUCAAGAAAGGAAAAAAAUUAUUAAAAGAA